GCUGAGGUCGCACGGGUGAGGCCUGUCCGCAGCAGCCGACAUGCGCUACGUCGCCUCUUAUUUGCUUGCCGCCCUUGGGGGCAACUCCUCUCCCAGCGCCAAAGACAUUAAGAAGAUACUAGACAGACAGCGUGGGCAUCGAGGCGGCGAUGACCGGCUCAACAAGGUCAUCAGUGAGCUGAAUGGAAAAAACAUGGAGGAUGUCAUCGCCCAGGGUGUUGGCAAACUUGCCAGUGUGCCUGCUGGUGGGGCUGUGGCUGUUUCUGCUGCCCCUGGCUCUGCAGCUCCUGCUGCUGGUUCUGCCCCUGCUGCAGCAGAGGAGAAGACAGACGAGAAGAAGGAGGAGUCCGAAGAGUCAGAUGAUGACAUGGGAUUUGGCUUGUUUGAUUAAAUUCUUGCUCCCCUGCAAAUA